ACCUUUUACCUAAUUUCCAAAGUUUCAGACCUGAGGGCCAUAGCAACGAGGGCUGCCAGCGGUGUGAUUGGAGGCAGUGCUGCCCUGCCCUCCCAGCUUCCCAAGCAGCAUCCCCUGAUGGAACACAGGCAGUGUUGAGGCCACUCUUGGCUUUCUGCCCUUCCCCACGGGAAGAGCUCGAGGCAUGUGGCUCUGUGUUCAGUGUGAUUUUAUUUUAUUUUAUUCUCCCCCCAGCUGAUUGCCUUUGCUCGUUUCAAUUCCAUUUUCCCUGGUUUCUGGGGAAUUGUUUAGGAAGUUCUUGGGCAGUUGUGAAGCCAGAGGAGGGCUGCUCUCAUGAAGACCUGCCUGGAAAUCAGCAGGGUGGUACAAACCCAGCAAGGUGUUGUGUGCAUUUGUAUAAACACAGGUAAGUGAGAGGGGCUGGCACUUUGUUUGAGUCCAGCAACACUUUCCUUUUUCUAUCAAAUAAACCUUUGCAAAAAAUACCAGGGGUUCCUGCAAAACAACAGCAAAGAUGUGACUUGGGGCAACAAAACCUGCAAAUUGUUCUUGUUUAUGCUUACAGCUUGCUGAUUCUCCUUUUGGGUUUAUCAGAGCGGUUCAACCACCAAGUUCCUCUCCAAGCACAGCCCAUCCUGGGGAAAUAUAGAAUCACACAAUAUCCUGAGAAGGAUCAUGGAGUCCAGCUCCUGUCCCUGCACAGGACAGCCCAAAAACCCCACCCUGUGCCCGAGAGUUGUCCAAAUGCUUCUUGACCUCAGGCAGGCUUGGUGCAGCCUCUACAGGGAAAAAUCCCAGUGAAACUUGGAUGGGGCUCCCACCUGAGCAUCCACUUUUGAUGGCAGCAUUCCCAAUUAUUCCCAAUAUGAGCUUGUGUUCCUUUAGUAUAAAGAAAAAAUUUACACAUUUCUGUUAAUCAUAUUUCUGUUAAUUAAAAAAUACGUAUUCUUUUAAAUAGAUUUAAGUCCAGGACUCCUUUGCUCGGAAACCCCCUUAAAAGAUUUGUUUUGAAUAAGAAUUUUAUGCCAUCAGCUACAAGAGUUUCAUGCCACAUGAUUCUUUGGGUUUUGGUUUUGUUUGUUUUUCGUUUGGUUUUGAUUCAUUUUUAGAGUCUAGGAGUUCAAAGCAUUAGAAUUAACAAGCAAAAAUUUAAUGUUUAUGCUGCCAUCUCUUCUACCCUGAGCUUUGACUUUGCCUUUCUACCAGCGUGGACUAUGAUUUGACAUCAAAUUGGUUUUAGCAUCUGUAACUGCACAUGGAAUAGAAAACACAUAUGGAAAUAUAGAGCAGUCUACUUGCUAUUGAAUUUUGUUAGCUGACCUGAGUAGCACCGCAGAGCUGGCACAGCCUUGGGCUCAGUUUCUGCAGGUCAUGGAGAUCAAACCCCCACAACUCUUCCAGAGCUGCUUUUUUGGAGCAGAAUUCCUUCCCAGCCUGCAGGUGUGACGUUUCUGGCAGCACCGAGUGGUCAGGGAGAAGAGGGAAUGAAAGUGGCUAAAAGGAAAAGCGUUUGCAGAGGAAAAGGUGGGGAUUGUAGGAACCACUGAGCUGAUGCAAAUGGAGCUGGUCUGAAUUCCCCAGACCUUAAGGAUCACUCCAAGCUUCAGCAGGGCAGCUAAGCUUGAUUGUGAGUGUGUCAGGGUUCUCCUGUGCAGCAGGCAGGGCCUUCCUUCCUCUCCUCUUCCUCAGUGAGCCACAAAAGCCACUCACUGAAUCCCCUUAAUUCUCCUAACACUUAAUUCUCCUUACACUCCUUACACACAGGUUGUCUUUGUCAUGGGGAAAAGCUUUCCAGCACCAAGCUGCCAGGAUUUCUGCUCUUCCUUCUGAAGAAGGAAGAAUUUCUUCUUUCUUCUUCUGCUUGGGCAUGGCUGUGUGGGCUUGCAGUUCUUUUCCCUGGAGAGGAAUCACUGGAAUAUGAAUAGGAUCCUUAUCAAAGCAGGUUCAUCCGGGGGACAAGACCACAUGAAUUGUUUGCGGAGCUCCAGCAAACAAUCAGCAUUCCUCCUGAUUCCUCACUUGCCCAUUCUGAUGCAGUGGCCAGCUCAGGCAGGGCUCAGCUGCAGGGGGGUGACAGCUUUUGGCAGGCUCUGGACCAUUCCCGGCUUCCCAGGUGGUGUGAUGGAGCAUCAUGGCAGGAACUUCCAUCUGGACCCUUCCAGUUAUGGAUUUGGGAGGCAGUUUCCCCUAACAGCAAGCACCCAGUGGCUGGCAGCUGAUGGCUCAGUUGCUUUGCCUCAUGCACAAAACUUUCCACUUGUGCUUUUCAUCUGCCCAGAGGAGGAGGAAGUGCCUGCUCUCUCCUGCAGAAGGGAAACGUCUGCCCUCCUGUGUUCAAAGUCCCCUCCAGAGAGCAGCCGAGGGUGCACUGACCUCAUGGGCCGGCUCCUUGCUUCCCUACGUGUCCCCACGCAAUGUCACCCCCUGAAGGUCUCAGUGACCUCUCUGGACACUCUGCUGACCAAGGAGGUGGCCCCUGGGCCAGUGCUACUCCCCAGGGACACCAGAUCCUUCUGGCUUGCUGUGAUGGCAUCUCCAACACGUCCCCAUGGCUGCUCAGAGCUCCAAGCGCCCUGGCCAUGGGCUGAUGCCGUGCCAGCUGGGGAAGUGGAGCCAGCAAGCACAAAGCACCCUGAGACAGGGAAGGUUUUCCCACCUGCUCCUGGUGGUAGCGUCAGAGGAAUGUUUCAGGAUGCAGUGGAGAGCUCAGCCUGUGGUUCCAGGUAUUGUCCUGCACCUGCUGCAGAAAAAGCCAUGGACCUCCUGCCUCCAUCCUGUGCUCCUGGAGCAACGUGGGUGUCCCUGGGAGAUCCCAGCAGGGCUGUGAGUGCAGCACCCCCACCCUGGAUCACCCAAGGUGCUGUCCAGGAGCUCUUCCACAAGAGGCUGAGCUCUGAAAAUCCACGUGGCACGUUUUUGCUCCUGUUUUUGGCUUCUCCUCUGUGGCAUUCACAUUCUCUGAAAAAAUCCCUUCGCCCAGGGUUUUUCUCCUGGGAAGCUGAGAAGCCUCAGAGAAAAGGAAAACAAUUCUUAUCUCAUUUGCUUCUCCUGUGCACGACCUCCAAUCCCUGGCAGCACCUCAAAGCAGCUGGGAAGUGCCAGUCGGUGGCGAUGCUCCGGCGCGUGAUGCGGGGCACCUGA